AUGUGGUUGAGAAAAGAGAAGGAAGAUACAGACAUGACGGAGACGUCGAAAGGUGGAAAAAUUGAUACUUUUGGUGGAGAAGGGGCAUCAACCAGCAACAGUGUUAUUUCCAAAAGUUUGUCGACCGGUGGCGUUGACGGAGAAGAGAGAAAAUUCGACGAAAAGAAAGCGUAUCCAAAAGGACAUAUCCAAAGAAAAUUAGAAAGUCGUCAUGUUCAGUUGAUUGCGAUCGGGGGCUCGAUUGGUACCGGUCUUUUUGUGACAAUUGGUACAACUGGUUUAGUGAAAGCUGGACCUUUGGGAUUAUUGUUGGCGUACACAUUUUGGACGGUUAUUAUUUUGUUGUUAACCACCUCUAUUGGUGAGAUGGUGUCAUUCUUGCCAGUGCCAGCUCCAUUUAUUACUAUGGCUGGUAGAUGUGUUGACGAGUCAUUUGAAUGUGCUGUCGGGUGGAAUUUCUUUUUGAUGCAAGCUUUAUAUAUUCCUUUUGAGAUUACUGCUGUGAAUGGUAUGAUUCAUUUUUGGAGAAGUGAUUAUUCGCCAGCCAUUACGUUGUGUAUCCAGAUUGUUAUCUACGCCUGCAUUAAUGUUUUUGCAGUUAGACUUUACGGUGAAGCCGAAUUCUGGUUAUCUAUUUCGAAAUUAAUUUUAUGUAUCGGGUUAUUAUUCUUUACACUUGUUACCAUGUGUGGUGGUAACCCACAACAUGAUGCUUUUGGUUUCAGAAACUGGCAUGUCGAAGGGGGCCCAAUGGGUGAACAGAUUACUACAGGAGCGUUAGGUAAGUUCCAAGGAUUCUUAGCCGGUUUGAUUAGUGCAUGUUUUACGGUCGUUGGUCCAGAGUAUAUGUCUAUGGUUUCAGCGGAAGCAAAGAACCCCAGGAAAACUAUGCCCACUGCUUUCAAAACAGUUUUGUAUAGAUUGGCAUUAUUCUAUAUCGGUGGUGCAUUGAGUGUGACUAUUUUGAUUAGUUACAAGGAUCCAAACUAUCUUGAAUUGACCUCGGAUGCUUCGAAUGCUGCUUCUUCUCCUUAUGUUGUGGCAAUGCAGAACUUGAAAAUUGAUGUCUUACCCCAUAUUGUGAAUGCUGUUGUAUUGACUUCAGCAUUUUCAGCAGGUAAUUCGUAUACUUACUGUUCCUCAAGAGCUUUAUAUGCAUUAGCCCAAAGAAAAUUUGCCCCUAAAUUCUUUACUUAUUGUACUAAAAAUGGGGUUCCAAUUUACUGUGUUAUUGUCGCCAUUUGUUUUUCAAUGUUAUCAUUAAUGCAAUUGAGUGAAGGAAGUUCUAAAGCUUUAAAUUAUAUGGUCAGUUUAUGUACAGGUUCCCAGUUAUUGAAUUAUGGGUUUAUGACAAUCACUUAUAUGUGUUUCUAUAGAGCUGUUAAGGUCCAAGGUUUGGAUAGAAGAACGUUCCCAUAUAGGGCAUGGUUCCAGCCUUACUCCAUUUGCAUUGCAGCAUUUUUCAUUUGGUGCAUGAUUGGUAUUUUAGGAUAUACCGUUUUUAUUCCUGGCCAUUGGGAAAUUGACACAUUCUUGUUUAAUUACGUUAUGAUUUUCGUCACUGCCGCUAUUUAUAUUUUCUGGAAACUUUUAAAGAGAACUCCAUUCGUUAAGCCUGAAGAUGCAGACAUUUUUACAGGUAUUGAAGAAGUUGAAGAACACGAAUAUGAAUAUUACGCCCAGUUAGAGGGUGAAGGUAAGCAAAAACCAAACAAAUUCAAGAGUAUCCUUCACUGGAUUUUUUAA